UUGUGCCAAUUGGUGAAAAGAAUGCAUAGAUCAACGCCUAGAGAACAACUAAUGUCAUAUAGCUACAACUUAGAAAAGUCGAGAAACAAAAUAUCUUAUAUUCUUUUACAUUUGAAGAUAUACGAUAUUUUCCUUUUUUCAUCUUUCAUAUAAAAAUGUGACGUUAAUUUGUCACAUAUAAGAGGUAUCGAUUAUUAGAUACUUUAAAACGCUGUAUACAAUUUUUUAAAGUUAAACUGUGAUCUUUCAUAACACAUACAUCGUGUCACACAUAUAUUGGUGAACGGAAAAAUUCCAAGUAGUUAUAACGCUCUACCCAUUAAGUACAAAUUAAAUUGCUACUGAAAUACAUGAACGAAAUAGAGUUUCUAGCAAUUUUUAUAACAUUGUAUUCUUGCCUAUUUUCUCUUUUAUACAAACAUCGUUUGGAGAAAAAAAAAUCAUACGCGAUCAUAUUUGAAUCUAAAUUGAUAUCUCGAGGAAAAACUCGAUGACUCGACGAUAAAUUUUUCCGGCGAGAAUAUCACGAACUUAGUUUCUAUUCUAUGUCAGACGUAUUUUAUUAGAUUUUUUACAAUGUUAUAAAAAUCUGACUCUACAAGAUAUAUAUUAUUUUAAAUAUUUUGAUAUUACAAUAUCAUUUUUAUGUAGAAGAUCAUUAGUGCAUCGUUCAUUGCAUACAUAUAUGUGUAUGGAAAGAAAAGGGAAAUUUAAAGCUGCAAUAUGGAGGUUGUCGAAUCUUGUUCGAAGAGGAAAGCCUUAUCAUCUGCCAAAACAAUAAAGUGUCCAUGCAAAGCUAAAUAUGCCAAAAGGUACGUGCAGCCUCCGCGUGCAAAAUCCUUUGCACCGGAGCGAUUGUACAAGGUGCCGUCGAAACAAUUCGAGACCAAUACAACUUAUCACUUAUCGUAUCUAAAUGUGGAUCAACGUUAUGCACGUUCGCAACCGAUUCGGCCUGUCCACAGUCUUCAGAAAAGUACCGGAAAAUUUGUCGAUGAGACAACUAAUCAAUUAUCCUACAAGCCCGUGUGGCAGAUUGUUAAAGCAGAGCCUAUUAUACCGAAACAUAGAACGACAGUUCGGGGUGUAAUGGAAACCGUAACAACGGUUCGUCGCGAUUAUACGCCGAAACAUGUCGAAAAACCAGAGAUGAUUAUACCUUGCGGAAGUAUCCGCACAAGUUCAGCGCCCUUAGAUGACAAAACGAUGAUGAGAUUAUCAUAUAUUUCUCCUGGCCCUGUAGAACCAGCAAUUAAUUUCAAGCCGAUAAUAAAAUAUCGUCCCUCGAGCCAGCCGCUACUUAGUGAGACAACGCAGAAAUUAAGUUAUCAACCUUUUAUUGUUGAUAAAAAGGAACCCUAUCCCUGGAUAGAGAAACGUACAUAUAAAUCCCCGGAUAUUGCAAUGUGCGGUAAAACCACUUAUUCCGAGAGUUAUAUGGAGAAUGAUAUGGUUUCGAUGGAAAAACCUUUUCUUCCUACAGCGACAUAUAUAUUUCCUUACGGCGCCGAAUUCGCGAAUAAAACGAUCUACAAGGAGAGCUAUUUGCCGGGUGAUGCAAAGCGUGUGGAACCGUUUAUUCCCUGCAGCAGUAUCUCUAUUCCUGACGUAAAGAUGUCUAUCGAUACGACCAACAAGCUAAGCUAUCAACAAGUCCAUGCCGAGAGACGGAAGCCGUUUGUGCCGUCACGUUCUAAAGGUAUAGCAGCUGGUAGAAUGCAAUCGGAGACAACAACUCGUUGCGAAUAUAUAGCAAAAAUGACGUCGCGUCCGGAUCUUGUCAUUCCAAGCGACAAUAUUCGCAUCGUCGACGUACCAUUUGAGGGAAACACGACCACCGGGUUGUCUUAUGUAAAGCUCGACGCAAUAAAACCUGUUUGCAGUUACAAGCCCGCAAUUAUGCAAUAUCGUAGACCGGAAAUUAAAAUAGACUCUGAAACGAUAAAUAAAUUAUCGUAUCAACCAUGGACGUCGAAAUCUAAAGAAGAACUGCCGUGGGCCCAGAAGAGUAAAUAUCGGCCACCCGAACAUCCCAUGACCAGUGAUACAGUCUAUCACAUGAGUUAUCCCGCACCAGGUCGUUAUAUCGAAAACGAUACGUGCGUAGAGUGCUUGUGUCCAAUUGACGAGCAAGAUGACACCUCUGCAUCUAUUCCAGCAACAGCAACAUCUUAAACACUCUUGAAUUAGAUGCAAUAUAUACUUGUUGAUAUUAUACGUCGCUUUAAUUCAUUAACGAUCUGUUUUGAAGACUUUAUAUAUUAGAUAAGUAAAA